AUGUCUAACAUAUCAGGCCCAGAAAGACCAAAAGUUGAUGGCGGAUUUGAAAGAGAUUCUAGAGAAGAUAUUCUCAAACAAAUAAAUAAAGUUCCUUUAUUCAUGACAGAAUUACCAGAAGAAGAAAAUGAUGCACUUGCGGCUUUACAAUCUUUAAUUUACGAGAGUCCACCUGAAGGGAAUGAAUGUUUUAAAAUUAGAAAAUCACAAUAUCAAGAUGUGAUAAAUUUUUACACGAAAGUAUUAGAAACAAAUUGUCAAGACAAUAAAAUUAUUAAAGCAUGUUUAACAAAUCGUGUAGCUGUUAAUUUAGAAUUGCAAAAUUAUUGUAAAGUUCUUACAGAUUGUGUGAAAGCCAUUAAAUUAAAUCCUCAAAAUAUCAAGGCAUUUUAUUGUUCUGCAAAAGCUUUAUAUGCACUUGAUAAAAUUGAUCAAGCUUUAGAUUGUUGUGAACAUGGAAUUGAAAUAGAGCCAAAUAACUUAGCUUUACAACAAUUAAAAGAGACUUGUAUUAAACAAAAGGAGAUAUUGGAUCAAAAGGCUAAAAUUAAAGAAGAGCGUGAACGAAAGGAACGAGAGAAAAAAAAGGCAUUAGAGAAAGCUAUAAAGAUGCGUAAUAUUAAAAUGGAAACAACACCCAAUACACCGAUAUCACCUCAUUCAGUACAUCUAGAUACAGAAACUCAACAAUUAAUUUGGCCCGUUUUUUUCCUAUAUCCAGAACAUAAGGAAUCAGAUUUUAUUGAAGCAUUUAAUGAAGGAAAUACAUUUUUAGAUCAUCUUGAAGUGAUUUUUGAACAACCAGCACCUUGGGACAUUGAACAUAAAUAUACACCAAAUAAUAUACAAAUUUACUACGAAUAUACGUUAUCAACAGGAAAUGAAGAGAAACAAAAGUUAAUCAGAAUUGGCAAGAAUUGCAUCUUAAAAGAAGUAUUGUCACAUCCAAAAUAUGUAGUAAAAAAUGGUAUUCCUAGUUUUAUCAUUUUACAACAAGGAAAGUUUCAAGAGGAAUUUUUGGCAAAAUAUAAGGUUAAUUAA